AUGGAUCAAUAUAGAGAAACUUAUAAACAUGGAAAAGAAGCUAUUUCAGGAGCAUCAGGAUUAGCAACAGGCGUAAUUGCUUCAACAAGCUCUAAAAUUAUUGAAACUACUGAAGACACCAUUAGUGAAACUAAAGGAGUUAUUGGUUAUGCAGCACAAAAAGGCAAAGAGGUUGCUACACAUCCUAUAUAUUAUAUGCAAAAAUCAACAUCUUUCUUUUGGGAAAAAUUUCCACCUUUGAGUUGGUUUACUUAUGGAGUGAUAGCAUUAAAUGCCAUACCUUUAACAAUCUUAUUGAUUUUUCUUUUUAUCACAACAAGUAUUGUUGUGUUAGUUACUGGCACUGGAAUCUUUUUGGCUGAAGGAUUUUUCAUUGGUGUUGGAUCAUUUUUCUUGAUUCCUGUAUUCAUUAUAAUGAUUUUUGCAUCAUUUGUUACUGCUUUUUUCACUAUUUUUGGCUGGACUUUUUACAAAGUUGUUAGAUAUAUAUUACACACUUUUGACUUAAUUGUAGAUGAUGAUCCAGCAACAUUAUCUUUUGAUGCUCAACAGAUCCUUUCUAAAACUAGUGAAGUUCUCACAGGCGGCAAAGAAAAAAAUGGCAGAGAAGAUGAUUUGUUGGUUAAGGAGAAAUAA